AUGAGUGCUGCUCACUUGAUGACCACUCUUGUGUUGCCGUGGGAUGUUGUUGCUCUACUGAGUAAGGGUGACUUCCCCCGUGGUGAUCACGAGUGGAUCUGCAGUGUGACUACCGUUGUCAUCUCCAUUACCGUCGGCUGCGGUAUCUACACGCUGGCUUUUAUCGGCCUCAACCACUUGCUGCUGAUUACACGACCUACAACCACCUACAAUAGACUCUACACUCCCAAGAAGAUGGCUGUGUGGCUUACAGUCACCUGGUUGAUCCCGUUUCUCAUCAUCCUCGUGCCGCCACUGAGUGGUGUGGGCGAACUUGGCUUCAGCGAGAAAUUCUACCUUUGCGGCACGAAGUCCACUGAUCAGAUCGGCUUCAGAAUCUACAAUUCUAUUCGAGUUUUUGGCUUGUACCCCAUCCCCCUCGUGUGCAUUUUAGUCUGCUACACACUCAUCUGGAUGUAUUUGCGUCGCCAUGCUCCGAGACAGAACUCCUCUCCAAUUGGACAAGAUGAGACACCCACAUCCAACAGUAUUCAAAUGGAGGAGAAAAUAAAUGUAAGCGACGUCCGGUCGCAGUCGUCAUCAACUACUUCUGAUAUUGUCAGCCCGACCCAAAUGAUCACCAAAACCAUGCCUUUCGUUGUCCUCGGCUUUAUAGUACUUCUUCUCCCCUAUGCUAUAAGUCUGUUUAUCAGCAGCUUUGAGCCGGCUGUGCCAUACACAACUGUCAUCCUGUUCUCCAGCAUUUGUGUCAACCCCAUCAUUUAUGGCAUUAAGCAUCGUGACUUUAAUGUCGUCUUCGGUUCUAUCUUACGUCGCCGGUGGAACAACAUUCCCGAACCGUCCAGUUUCUUGAAGAACGCUAGACGAAUCCGUUGUUGUGGUGGGCAAGUAGCCAGUGUCCAUGUUUCCAAUGACUCUGUGUAA